CAACAGGUUACAUGUGUUCCUUUAUUCAUUUAUUUAUAGGCUAGAAAAAAGUUUAUCUGUCGUGUUCAAACUUUAUAUUUGGUAUUUUUGUCAAUUAUUCAAUUAAAUUAGUUGUACAGUCGUUUAGAACUCAAACAUAAAUCAUAAUGGAAAGUUAUGUAGAUAAAUUGAAGGAAUUUGCCAAAGAAUUAUAUUCCAUUAAUGCUAUAAAAUUUGGAGAAUAUAAGACUAAAAUUGGGAUUAUGACUCCUGUUUACUGUGAUCUAAGAGUUAUUGUUAGCUAUCCGAAAUUAUUGGUGACUCUAUCUGAUCUAAUGAUUCAGAAAGUAAAUAAUAUAAAUAAGUUUAACCUACUAUGUGGAGUUCCAUAUACAGCCUUACCCAUUGCAACUGUACUAUCUACAAAAACAAACAUUCCUAUGGUGAUGCGUAGAAAAGAAGCCAAAGAUUAUGGAACAAAGAAACUCAUUGAAGGAAUAUUCGAGCCUGGUCAAAAUUGUCUCAUAAUAGAAGAUGUUAUAACUUCUGGCAGUUCUAUUUUGGAAACUGUAAAAGAUCUUAAAGACUCAGGCUUGACAUGUACUGAUGCUCUUAUUUUAUUGAAUAGAGAACAAGGAGGUGAAACUUUUUUGAAUAAUAAUGGUAUUCAGGUUCAUUCUUUGUUGGGUAUGAUGCAGCUAAUGGAAAUGUUGAAAGAAGCAGGUUGUGUGGAUGAGAAAAUGGUAGAGAAAGUCAGAAGCUAUUUGGCUUCAACCAAAGUUGAUAAAAAAGCUUUGAACACAAUUACAGAAAAUCGGCUUAAUGUGUCAUUCAAAUCCAGAGCUCUAAAAGCGAAAAACCCUGUUGCACAAAAGCUGUUCCAAAUAAUGCAGACCAAACAAUCAAUGCUAUGCGUAGCGGCAGAUCUGUUGCACUCAACUGACUUAUUAAAUUUAGCAGAAAAAGUGGGUCCAAGUAUAUGUGCUCUUAAAACACAUAUAGACAUUAUGGAAGACUUUCAUCUAAAUUUGAUUGGCCCCUUACAGGAAAUAGCCAAGAAGCAUAAUUUUAUCUUAUUCGAAGACAGAAAAUUUGCUGAUAUUGGAAAGACAGUGGAGUAUCAAUACAGUAAAGGACUAUACCAAAUAUCAUCCUGGGCACCUUUGAUCACUGUGCACUCUCUCAUGGGCAAAGCAGUUCUUGAUGCCAUAAAAAAUAGUAAAGGACUAGAGGAGAGAGGAGUCUUUCUUCUAGCUGAGGCCAGUGCAGUUGGUAACUUGAUUACAGAAAGUUAUGUAAAAGACACAGUAAAAAUGGCUGAAGAAUAUUCAGAUCUAGUAGCAGGAAUCGUUUGUCAAAAUCCGUUAUUUUUAAACACCCAUGGUCUCAUACAACUAUGUCCGGGAGUUCAAAUAGACAAAAAAGGCGAUACUUUAGGCCAAAGGUACAAUUCCCCGGAGACGGUAGUCCUAGAAAAAGGUGCAGAUAUCGCUGUAGUCGGCAGAGGAAUCACGCAAGCUCCAGAUCCCGCUACUGCCGCUGAAUCUUAUAGACAACUGUUAUGGAAUGCCUAUGAAAGAAGACUUCAAGAACAAAGAGAUUAAGAGAGAAUGUUCAAAAUAUAUUUAGGAAAGGGUGGCCAAAUGGAAUAA